AUGGGAGGGAAGGAGUGUGAGGGGCCGGGGGCGCCCUCCAGAGCAGCUUGGGGGAGUAAAAAGGGCCUGGCUGGGGAAACAGGCCGGAAGGCCGGGGCUGGCCCGAGCGUGGGCAAGCACCCGUGGGUAGCCCCCGUGUCCCUUGUUGGCUCGCAGAUGUGGGGAGGGCAACAGUGGUCAUGGCGGACGGGAGCCGGUGGGGUGGUGACGGCUGCUGGCAGGGAAACCAGGGGCCGAGAGCGGGAACGGGGACACUGGGGAUGGCCCCGUGCCAUCCAGGGUCUGGGGAACCCCUGUGGGAACUGCGAGUCUCCUGCCUCCCAGAAACGGGGUGCUGCGCCCCAGCCACGCUGUGGGGCUCAAGGGGGAGGCUGGCGUCUCUUGGCGGACACUUCGGGCGCCGCCAGACCCCGCGAAAAAGCCACCAGGUCCCGCUCCCGCUGCAUAGCGGCCCACCUGUCCCUCCCCACCUGGCAGGCGCCCCAGGCGGGAUCCGGGGAAAAGGAGGCUCGCUCCUUGUGGUACCGUAACCGAGGCCUGGUGACCCUCUCGGCCAAGAUCGACCGCAAAGGCUACACGCCAGGAGAGGUGAUCCCCGUCUUCGCCGAGAUCGAGAACGGCUGCACGCGCCCCGUGCGGCCCCGAGCUGCCCUGGUGCAGACCCAGGUUUGUGUGGACAUCCCGGGCUCGUCCAAGCUGCUCCUGGAGCUGCCCCUGGUCAUCGGCACCGUCCCCCUGCACCUUUUUGGCAGCCGCUCCUCCAGUGUGGGCAGCCACUCCGACUUCCUGCUGGACUGGGGGCUGGGCGCCCUGACUCAGCAGCCCGAAGCUCCUCCUGAGUAUUCCGACGUGGUGGCGGAGGAGGACGCAGCAGGCCCUGCACAGGGCCACUUCACACUGCUGCAGGAGGCCAUGAGCUUUGAAGGCCCCUACUUUGCUUACCUCCAGGAGUGCCGCUACCUCCCACCGCCCCUGUACUCUGAGGAGGAUCCGAACCCACCUUUGGAGGCCAUGAGGCCUCGGUGUGAGACCUGCUGAGUGCCAGGUGGACGCCUCCGGGAUGAGGCUGCUCGUGAACUUCCAGCUGCUGCCAUGACCAUGCCGCAUGGCAAAACCUAGGACCGGCAAGCUUGACUGCACUGGAACUGGGGAAACUGAGUCAGCAAAACAAAGCAGAUCCGACGUCACGCAGGACUGCAGAACAGCCGUGGGGGACCCUGGCUGAUGUGGAUGGGUGCCAAGUGCCCAGCACAGCCUCUGGGAAAAUGUUGCCUGGCAGCACCUGGUCCGUGGGCAGACACAGAGCCAGACACAGAUGCUCCUAGUCUCGAAGGACCAGAAGGGACCGCGAGAGUCCUGGAGGAAAGCACAUUGAAGCUGAGGCUUUGAGGUAUGACUAGGAGCUCAGCCUCAGACAAGCGAUGGGGAGGAAAACUGAGAGAGUGUUGGAGCUGAGUGAUAUUUAAAGGCCGCUACUUUAUCUCAGCAUCAGGGGCCCCAGAGGCAGGUGUCCCAGCCGAGGUUGCACUGUGAGCUUGGACAGGCAGGAGGACCAGGGACGGGACGUUCAGGAAACCAGGUCACUGGAACGGUGCCGGGCAUAAGCAAUGGGACAGCCACCGCAGAGAGUCACAGAUUCCUGGCCAGGCAGGUGCGGAGGAGUCCUCCUGCCUGCAGACAGUGGCGAAUCUGAGGCCGAGGCAGGGAGCAGUGAAGCCACCCAGGAACAGAAGGCAGCCGGCAUGGCCCUCGGGGCAGGUCCCAGCAGGCUUUGCGCCCAGCCCUUUUGUAUGAUUUUUUUUUUU